AUGGCGCUGACGGGCACCGUGAAGGCUUUCAACCCACACAAGGGAUGGGGGUUCGUGGAGUGCAAUGGCACCGACAUGUUCAUGCACAAGAAAGACCUCAACGGCUUUUGCCCAUCCAAAGGCGACCAGGUGCAGUUCACAGUUGGGCAGACGGAGAAGGGCCCCGUCGCGGAGAAUGUUCGUGUAGUCGGAGCGCCAGAGGAAGCGUCCUACUUCGGACAGAUCAAGAGCUACAACCCCACCAAGGGCUUUGGCUUUAUCUCGACCGAUGCCUUCCCGGAGCAGGACGUCUUCGUGUUGCGCUCAGAGCUUCCCGGAGGCUUUGGUCCGGAAGGUGGCCAGUGCAAGUUCAGCGUGUCCAUGGAUGAGAAGGGACCUGCUGCCAAGAGGGUCAUGCUCCUCGGCUCAGCAGGCACCCAGGUGCAGCAGAUGAAGUGGAUGAUGGGCUAUGGCGGAUGGGGCAAAGGCUUCGGCAAGGGCUUCGGCAAGAGCGGCGACAAGACUUGUUGGGAUGUGAAGAAAACUGGAGCGUGCCCACGACUCGCGAAGGGCGAGGCGUGCAAAUUCUCGCCUUGCAAUGGCGAGCCAGUCCCUGAUGCAGCAGAUUGA